CCAACGAGUAUUCUGAGUUGGACUGGACCAUUUGUUUAUAACCCAUUUUGUCUCUUCUUGCUCACGGACUGGCUUAACAACAAGAAGAACUUCAAAAUCUGUUUGUUUUUUAAGGAUUUUACUAAUUAUUCGGAGACAUUUUUAUUUCAGUGAAUAUAGUCUGAAGAGUAACGUUUUAAAUAACUAAACUGAUAAACCUCAAACUUGAUGCGUCCCGGUAAAGAGUCACGCGCGCAUGAUUGAUUAGUAUCAGAAAUGUAGCGCUGUAUUGGGUAUGCUAUUACUAAUUAGGGAUUCAAAAACAAAAAAUGUUCAGUAUUAUUUGAAUAAUUUAAGCUACUGUAAAAUAGUGACAAUUUGUUCAUUUAUGUAGGACAAAUGUCAACAUUGGAAACACUGUGAUUCUGUCUCCACGAAAGAUUGCAUGGGUUAUUAAUGAUAAAUAGUAGUGUUAUAGGUAUUGACUUUUUGCAGAUAAUGCCAAAACCAAAAUGUGUAAAAAAGGGCGAAAAACCUUUAUCUUGAGCGCUUUUAUUAAACUUUCCUAUUUGGUGAUCAGUUAUUAAAACUAAUCCAGGUUUUUCUGGAAUUUAUGAGAGGCAAACUGUACUUUGUUUCAGUAAGAAGCGCCCGCCGUCGCGCAUUAAAACAAAUCCCAUUAUCAGCCGCGUCUUAAUCAUUCUGCGUCCCUGACAGAGAGCCUGCAUCUCCCCGCCCUCUCCACCCACUCAAACCCUCACGAGGCCGAACUGGGAUGUGCUCCGUCCCGCAGGACUCCGCUGAUUCUCCUGCCGUCUGAGCAGAGCGAGCCCCCAUGGCGCUGAGGAUCAUUCUCCUCCUUUCUGUUGGAGGAAUUCUGGGCUGGGAAGAAAACAAGCUGCUGUCUGUGGAGGGGUGCUGUAAUCUUGGGAGGGCGACUGCCAUUAGGGAACAUGACUGUGCAGCUCAGAAGGUCCUCACCUCUGCUAUGUGCAGCAUCAUUCACGAACAGUGCUGUCGAGCAUCGGCGGGGGAAAUGGCCUGCAAAGGUGGCAUCAAGACGGCCCGGGGGCAGGGGGCUUGCGAGAGGGCAUUCUUCAGUGGAUUCGAUUGGCAAACCCUGAUAUCACAGAUCUGCUGUGACUGCUGCACGCUCGGCCUGAUGGUCGCCAAAAACGGCUGGAGCUGCGACUUCCGCGGCCUGCAGCUGGAGAAGCAGUGUUCCGACGCGGCCAAGAGCUGCUGUGACCAACCCAAAGAAAUCAGACCCACCAUAAAAGUACCAGUGGAGCCUAAAAUUUUCACCACCCCGCCUCCUCAGAGGAUGAGGUCAUGCCAAGACGCAAACUGCUCCCAGUUGUGUUUAGAAAAUGCAAUGUGCGCCUGUCGAGAGGGCUUCCAGAUGAAAAUGGAUGGAGUUACCUGUCAAGAUAUUGACGAAUGUCUAACUGGUAGACAUAACUGUGGCCCUGGACAAGUCUGCCUCAACACUGACGGGUCAUUUGACUGUAAACCCAGGUGUGGUACUGGUUAUGUCUUGACCGCUGAAAACCAUUGUGAAGACAUUGAUGAGUGUGCCUUUGAGAGCCAUAACUGUGAAGCAAACUUUGUUUGCCUCAACACAGCUGGCUCUUUUCGCUGUGAGCGAAAGAACGUGUGCAGAGAUGGCUACAUUCAGGACUCUACUGGCAGCUGCGUUGAUAUAAAUGAGUGCCUGACCCACACCGACGCAUGCCAACCCGACCAGUUCUGCAUUAAUUCAGAAGGUUCUUACACCUGCCGCAGCACCACAGAUGACUGUAAACAAGGUUACCAGCUAACUGCGGACGGCUUGCGGUGUGAAGAUGUUAAUGAGUGUUUGACCAGCAGUCAUAAUUGUGCUCACGGAGAAAUUUGCCUGAACACAGAGGGGUCAUUCUACUGUCAGGCCGCCUGCGCCCCUGGAUUCCAUUUCACCCCUGAAAACAAGUGCAGAGACAUUGAUGAGUGUGCUUUGUGGACACAUAACUGCGAAGCAAACUUUGUCUGCGUCAACACAGCCGGGUCUUACCGCUGUCAGCCGAAAACAGGCUGUGAAGAAGGUUACAUUCAGGACUCGGCUGGGAACUGCAUCGACAUGGACGAAUGUCUGAAGGGGAAUGUAUGCGGCAGCCGAGCGUGUGUCAACACGGAGGGCUCGUAUCACUGCGAGUGCCAGACUGGCUUCAUGUACAGCAGGGUCUCCAAAAAGUGUGAAGACAUUGAUGAGUGUGCUCUGUGGACCAGUACCUGUGGAGCAAACUUUGUUUGCGUCAACACUGACGGUUCUUUUCAGUGCCAUCCGGACAAAGCCUGUGGGGACGGUUAUAUUCUGGAUCCUGCUGGCAAAUGCGUUGACGUCAAUGAGUGCGUGACUCAUUCCCACCCGUGCCGGCCUGGCCAGGCCUGCAUUAACACGGUGGGCUCGUUCUACUGUCGCAGCAUCGUGGCUUCCUGUGCUCGAGGAUAUCAUCUAAAUGCGGACGGCACACACUGUGAAGACGUGGAUGAAUGCGUUUUGCACAAUGUGUGUGGCAGCCAUGGCAGCUGUGUCAACGUGGAAGGGUCAUACCGUUGUGAGUGCCAGAACGGCUUCACGUUCAACAGCAUCUCCAAGCUGUGUGAAGAUGUUAAUGAGUGCAGGCAUUACUCUGGACGACUCUGUGCCCACAAGUGUGAGAACACAGAGGGCUCGUAUCACUGCAGCUGCAUAAAAGGCUUUAAACUGGCGGAAAAUGGCAACAACUGUGAAGACGUCGAUGAAUGUGAGAUCAAUCCAUGCAGCCAAGAGUGUGCCAAUGUCUAUGGCUCCUACCAGUGCUAUUGUCGCCGUGGUUACGAGCUCAACGACAUUGAUGGGAUAACUUGUGAAGACAUUGACGAAUGUGCGAUACCUAACGUCUGCUCGUACCGCUGUAUCAACACCGUGGGAGGGUUCAACUGCACCUGCCCGUCCAGCGGCUACACGCUCGGCCCAGAUGGACGCUCAUGUCAAGACGUGGAUGAAUGUGCAGCAGGAACCCAUACCUGUUCUGCCUCCGAGAAUUGCUUCAAUAUUCAGGGAGGAUUUCGCUGUUUGUACUUUGAUUGUCCUCCAAACUUCAGGCGAGCAACAAGCGGGUCUGAAGCUGAAACCUCCGCUUUUGUCCGUUGCAUUAAAUCCUGCAAGCGACACGACACUGACUGUGCCAACAACCCCGUCCUGGUCAUCACCUCCACCGUCCUCUCCUUACCAACUCUGAGAAAGUUGGAGGAGCCUGAAGACAUCGCUGUGCUCCGCACAGCAGCAGCAGCAAAACCAGAUCUGCUUCCCAACGAGCCGCAGGUUUACUUUGACAUUCAGGCGACAGAUGAGCAGUACUCCUUUGACGUCGUGAAGCGCUCGCAGCACGGCAUGAUUCUCGGAGUAAUCCGUCAGGUGAAACCCAUCGUCGGGCCCAGGGAGCUGGUGUUGGAGGUCACUGUGAACUACGUCCAGUCAGGGGUCAUUUCUCAACAGAACAUUGUCAUCAUCAAUGUCUACAUCUCAGAGCUGUGAUUCUGCUUCUAGGAACGUCUCAAAGUCGAUUGCUCGAAAAGACAAAAACACAGCCUUAAUGCACACUCCUAAACUCUCAAAGCUAUGAGAUCAUUCUAGACAUUUUGCUAUAAAAUGAAUCCAUUUUCUUGCAAUCAUAGAUUCCAGAUGCUUUGAAGCAAAAAAAAAAUAAAAAGCAAAAAGAGAAAUAUUUUGUACAUAAAAAUAGCAUUUAUUGUCAUUUUGGUGGCUUUGUAAAACAUUUCAAACUGCUUUUUUUAAGGAAUGGGAAUUUAUACAUUUACUUCUGGCUACUCAUGAACAUUUUUGCAUGAUGGCACACCAUUUGACAUGAUUCUGUAAUGCUCACACUUUUUUAGAAAAAUGUUUUAAUAGAAAAAAAAGAAAUGUGUAAUGUGCACAUACAUAUGCAUAGUUUUAGAAUUUAGUGUGAUUUUUGUCUUGGUGACAAAAAAGAGAAAAACUGAUCCGUCACUGAAAUUCAUUUUUACUGCUGACAAUAAAAGUGACUAGUUUGAUCAAAAGAA